CACCGGAGGAGCGCAUGGAUCUGGAUGCUGCAUUGACUCACACAGCAGGGCUGGGAGCUGGUGCAUUCAAAACACACCGUAACUAGUCUGCUUGCUGGCUCGGAGAAGCUUGGAGAGAGGCUCGGACCGGGCUCAGAGGCAGUGCAGACGGGCUCUCGGUUCGUGAAGCGACCACGGCGCCGGUGCAGAUGGAGCGGUGGAAAGGCAGAGUGGCCCUGGUGACCGGAGCCUCGGUGGGAAUUGGAGCGGCAGUAGCCCGGGCACUGGUCCAGCAAGGCAUGAGGGUGGUGGGCUGUGCCAGGAAUGUGGACAAAAUAGAGAAACUGGCGGCAGAAUGCCAGAGUGCGGGCUACAGCGGCACGCUCAUCCCUUACAAGUGCGACCUGUCGAACGAGGAGGAGAUCCUGUCCAUGUUCUCGGCCAUCAAGACGCUGCACAAGGGCGUGGACGUCUGCAUCAACAACGCCGGCCUGGCCCACAACGAGCCGCUGCUCAGCGGAAAGACGGAGGGCUGGAGGAACAUGAUCGAUGUGAAUAUCUUAGCCUUGUCUAUCUGCACCCGCGAGGCUUACAAAUCAAUGAAGGAGAGGAACGUGGACGAUGGCCACAUCAUCAAUAUUAACAGUAUGAGUGGGCACAGAGUGCUGCCGAAUGCCGACGUGCAUUUCUACUCCGCCACCAAAUACGCCGUGACUGCGCUGACUGAGGGGAUCCGGCAAGAGCUGCGAGAGGCGAACACCCACAUCAGAGCCACGUGUAUAUCUCCCGGACUCGUGGAGACUGAAUUCGCCUUCCGGCUGCACAACAGCGAUCCAGAGAAAGCAGCGUCGGUGUACGAGAGCAUCAAAUGUUUGAAAGCAGAAGACAUAGCCAGUGCCGUCACAUAUGUCCUCAGCGCUCCUCCUCAUGUCCAGAUCGGAGACGUGCAGAUGAGGCCCGUGGAGCAGGUGUCAUAGCAGCGCAGCAGGAACCUGCAGGAGGAGCAGACACACGGCGGCCAUGGGACGUGACCAAGGAGGGCUGGAGCCUUGAGGAGGCAGAGCGGAGGUAGAACCGAAGGGCGUGGACUUUGUUAACCACUACAAAAAUACUACUGAAUGCAGCAACCCGGCAUUUGUGAAUUGUUGGGCUCGGCUCCCCCCCCCCGACCACCACCAACACCAACACCACCACCACCACCACCACCACCAUGCCGAGCUGACUCCAAACUACAGUAGGAACAAAUAAAGCGAGAGUUGCUGCUGUGCUGUGGUCGUCUGCAUGACCGUCACUUCAGAGGGAAGAGUAUGCCAUUGAUUGCACAUGUUUUUCUUUUUUGUUCUUUUGUUUUUGUAGGUCAUUACAACAUAUCUUUUUGAAAUUAAAUUGAGAAUAAUUGCUGUUUAUAAGAUUUUUUUUUUUUUUUUUUUGUUCUCAUUUUCAUUUUUAUUAAAUAUUUUAGCAUUCGAUCCUAGAUAGAUGUGGUCUCACAUGAACUAACCCGAUACUAUAACAUGUCGUUCCCACUCUGAGUAACCGAUGAGUCAGUCCAUUCUGCCACCUUUCACGUCACAGAGGUUUCCACAGCUCCAUCUGGUCGACGUGGUUUGGAUCUAUUGGGGAAAAAAACCUCCUCUGCGGAUUCGGGGAAAAACACGAGGAGAGACACCCGUGUCUGUGAAGCGUCAGGAGUUCUUUCGCUCUCCCUUUCGGCCUGUUUGGUUUCAGUUGUUCUGCGGUUUGAAUGGCGGAGGAGUAACAUGAGGGAAACACUUGGCAACUGGCGUCGGGGAGGAAACUAACUGUGCACAUGUAUGUUGUAGAAACAUGUACCCUUCUGUUGGAAAUUUCACAUUAAACAAAUAAAGGAAGAAAAA